AUGGCCACCACCGCCGCCGCACUGCCCUCGGGCUACUUCGGCUCCGUCCAGGGCCGGCCCACGCGCCUCGCUCCGGCAGCCAGCGGACGUAACUGUCUGCUCCUCCGCUGCUCCGCGUCGGGUGGUGAUGGCUCUGGCGGCCCCGACCCGGUCCUCGAGGAGCAAAAGCGGCGUCGGGCCGAGCUCUCCGCUCGCGCUUCCUCUGGAGAGUUCACCGCCCCAGGCACCGGAUGGCUGGCCAAGCUGGGCCCGCCGGGGGCGCUCGCGGUUGGGCUCCUCAAGGUAGCGGGCGUCGGCGCGGCGCGCAGGGGCCCGGAGCUGCCGCAGGUGGCAGGGUCGCUGGCUGCCGGGGACGCCAUCUUCCUGCCGCUCUACGACCACUUCCUCAAACACGGCGGCGUCUUUCGCCUCAACCUCGGGCCCAAGUCUUUUGUCAUCGUCUCUGAUCCAGAUAUAGCUAAGCAUAUCCUCAGGGACAACUCCAAGGCUUAUUCCAAGGGUAUUCUUGCGGAAAUACUGGAGUUUGUAAUGGGUACGGGUCUGAUCCCAGCUGACGGGGAGGUUUGGCGUGUUCGACGGCGUGCCAUUGUACCAUCAUUGCAUCAGAAGUUUGUGACGGAGAUGAUAGGUCUCUUUGGGAAAGCUUCAGACCGGCUGUGUCAGAAGUUGGACAAGGCGGCAUUGGAUGGGGCGGAUGUGGAGAUGGAAUCUUUGUUCUCUCGACUAACAUUGGAUGUCAUUGGGAAGGCAGUAUUCAAUUAUGAUUUUGAUUCAUUAUCUUAUGAUAACGGAAUGGUUGAGGCUGUGUAUAUAACACUACGAGAAGCGGAAAUGCGGAGCACUGCUCCUAUACCAACUUGGAAAAUACCAAUAUGGAAAGACAUCUCCCCUCGGCAGAGGAAGGUUAAUGAAGCUCUUGUGCUGAUAAAUAAUGUUCUUGAUGAACUAAUUUCUACAUGCAAGAGAAUGGUAGAUGAAGAAGAUCUGCAGUUUCAUGAGGAAUAUAUGAAUGAGCAAGAUCCUAGCAUUCUCCGCUUUCUAUUGGCAUCCGGAGAAGAUGUGUCCAGCAAGCAGCUUCGUGAUGAUCUGAUGACAAUGCUCAUAGCUGGCCAUGAGACCUCUGCAGCAGUCCUAACAUGGACAUUUUACCUUCUAUCUAAGUGCCCAAAAGUAAUGUCCAAGCUCCAGGCUGAGGUUGAUGAUGUUCUAGGAGAUGGUUUACCAACAAUUGAGGAUGUGAAGAAACUAAAGUAUACUACUCGAGUUAUUAACGAAUCUUUGAGACUAUAUCCACAACCGCCAGUUUUAAUUCGUCGGUCCCUUGAGGAUGAUAUGCUAGGGGAGUACCCAAUCGGCAGGGGUGAAGACAUUUUUAUAUCUAUCUGGAAUCUUCAUCGCUGCCCAAAGCACUGGGAUGAUGCAGAUGUUUUUAGUCCGGAAAGGUGGCCUUUGGACGGUCCAAAUCCAAAUGAGACAAACCAAAAAUUCAGUUACUUGCCAUUUGGUGGCGGACCAAGGAAAUGUGUAGGUGAUAUGUUUGCUACUUUUGAGAAUGUGGUGGCAACCGCAAUGCUUGUCAAGCGGUUUGAUUUUCAGAUGGCUCCAGGAGCACCUCCGGUCGAGAUGACAACCGGAGCAACGAUUCACACAACUAAAGGGUUGAACAUGACUGUUAGUCGGAGGACAAAGCCACCUGUAAUUCCAAUUUAG